GCGAGAGAAAGUCUCGUCGACGGGGAGAGCAGAGAUAGUCCCCGGCCUACAAGAGGGGUCCGGUCACUGGACGAUGUCCUCUUCCCACCAUCACGGUUAGUCGCCAUAGACCGCGCUCGUCGGUGAAUAGCGUUUUGUGGAUCAAGAAGACAGCAACCAUGUUGAUUCCAAAGAAGAACCGCACGGAGGUGUACAAGUACCUCUUCAAAGAGGGGGUACUUUAUGCCAAGAAAGACUUCAAUGCGCCGAAGCACCCGGAAAUCGAUGUCCCAAAUCUGCAGGUCAUUAAGCUGAUGCAGAGCUUCAAGUCGAAGGAGUACGUGAAGGAGAGCUUUGCAUGGCGCCACUAUUACUGGUACUUGACAAACGAUGGAAUCGAGUUCCUUCGGACGUACUUGAAUCUGCCAUCAGAGAUUGUUCCCGCUACAUUGAAGAAGUCUGCAAGGCCGCCGACACGUCCUCUCGGCGGCGGUCCCGGUGGAGACCGCCCUCCAAGAGGCCCUCCCAGAUUUGGCGGAGGAGAUCGCCCGUCCUUCGGAGAUAGAGAGGGCUACCGUGCAUCUGGUCCCCCCAGGGGUCCUGGUGGUUUCGGCGAGAAGGGUGGUGCUCCAGGAGAGUACAGGCCUGACUUCCGUGGGCGCGGAUUUGGCCGCGGUGGUGGUGGUGGUGGGUUCGGCGGUGGCGCUCCUCCCGCUCCUGGGGCUCCCCCUGCGGGCGAGUUUUAAAUUGGCGUUUUUUGCAUUCGUUCCCUGCGUGGACUUUUGCGGCGGUGAAGUGAUGAAGUAUAGUUGCUGUCCAUAACCGGUACCGGAGAACGCAGUCGGAGAGAGAGAGGGAGAGAGAGAUGAGAGAGAGAAAGACCUGUGGGCUGUGUCACCAGUCAACGGCACUUGGGCCUGUUCUUAAUUGAAUUCGUAAAAUUGAGUUUCUGAAAGGGCUGUCCUUCGUUUCAUCUCAACGUACUGGCUAUUUCAUCCUUACUCGGUCACAGUUCCGAUGAUGAUGUUGGUGAAUGGAAACGACGAUGAUGACCACACAAAUUGAGUGAUGAUCACACAAGUCGAGUGGUGAUGAUCACGAAUCAAACGGCGAUUGUGAAUCGAAUGGAUUUGAUGAUAAGUCAGUCUGGUGACGAUGGCGACGAUGAUCUAAGGGUGACCUCCGAGUCGUGCUCGUAGGAUGUUAGUUGUGCACGUGACACGCGCAUGCAGACGUAACAUGCUGAAAAUAUGGUGUGGACCUUGCAUCGAAAAUGCUUGCACCACUCCAUAAGUAAGCGAAGGGUAAAGAGAUGUUUGCUAGUUAAUGAUUCGGCCAGUGUUUUAUCAACGUACUGAUAAAAGUCGAGAAGUAUAAUAUGCACACAACAAACAAAGUAACUUGGUGCGAUUGCUUAAUGGAUUUUGUCCGAACAAUGAGAAAAAAAAGCAGAAUUGGGUAGUUAGCGUACAUCGUCAGAAAUACCACGAACAUGAGUGUCGCUCCUCUAUGUCAACCAUGCACGAAAGACGAAAAUCGUGACGGUGUAUGUUUCCAUGUUCUAGCGAAAGAUUCGCUCUCGUUUUGCACAUUUCGACAGUAGUGGAACGAGCCCCCAUGCAUUGAUCUUUCCCUAGUUUGGAGUCCCUCAAAAAGAAAGAUCGAGAGGAAGAAGAGAAUUCAUCCAAUGACAAUGACAUGUUCCGACGACAUAAAUAUGAUAAAAUUAUACUGCAGAG